CCACGAGCGGCGGCAUCCAUGUUACUUGUAGAUCCACGAACGGGGGCGGGGCCUACCUCGCCGUCUCAGCAUCCUUCCACAAGUGGGAGGUGAAAAAAAAAAAAAAAGCCAGAAGCCCAAACAAGUUUAUUUUCCGCGACGACGUUGAUGAAAAAAAGCGAUGUUUGACGAACGCUUGCUAAGAUGAUAACUUAGCCCGCCCGGCUUGUGGCGAAAGUGCGCGGAAAAAAAGGUUGCUCCGCCAUGGCGAGCGGGGUGGCUUCCAAAGUGAAGCGGAGGAAGAAGGGCAAAGAGUAUAAGAGCAGGACCGUCCACGCCAACGCCGGGACGGGGGAGGAGAAGCAGGCGGGCUACGCCGACAACCGGAUCAAGACCACCAAGUACACGCUGCUCUCCUUCCUGCCCAAAAACCUCUUCGAGCAGUUCCACCGCUUCGCCAACGUCUACUUCGUCUUCAUCGCCCUCCUCAACUUCGUCCCGCUGGUUAACGCCUUCCAGCCCGAGCUGGCGCUGGCCCCGGUGGUCUUCAUCCUGUCCGUCACCGCCAUCAAGGACCUGUGGGAGGACUACCGGAGGCACCGCUCGGACCAGGAGAUCAACCACAUGGACUGCCUGGUCUACGCCAGAGUGGAGCGCCGCUACGUGGAAAAGUUCUGGAAGGAGGUGCGCGUGGGCGACUUCAUCCGGCUGAGGUGCAACGAGAUCCUACCCGCCGACGUCCUGCUGCUGAGCUCCAGCGACCCCGACCGCCUGUGUCACAUCGAGACGGCCACGCUGGACGGCGAGACCAACCUCAAGCAGAGGCAGGUGGUCCGCAGCUUCUUCGACCUGGAUUGCGAUUUCGACCCGUCCAAGUACAACAGCGUCAUCGAGUGUGAGAAGCCCAACAACGACCUCAACCGAUUCCGAGGAUACAUAAUCCACCGCAGCGGACGAAGGGAGGCGCUGUAUAAAGACAACCUGCUGCUGAGGGGCUGUACUAUCCGCAACACGGAGGAGGCGGUGGGCAUCGUCAUCUACGCAGGUCACGAGACCAAAGCCAUGCUGAACAACAACGGCCCUCGCUACAAGCGCAGCAAGCUGGAGAGGCAGAUGAACGUGGACGUCUUCUGGUGCGUGGUCAUCUUGCUGGUCAUGUGCUCCUUCGCCGCCGUCGGGCACGGCCUGUGGAUGUUCCAGUACGGCGAUAAGAGGCCCGUCUUUGAUGUCCUCAGUCCAGAGGGAACGGACUUAUCGCCCGUCCUGUCGGCCAUAUAUCUCUUCCUCACCAUGAUCAUCGUCUUCCAGGUGCUGAUACCCAUCUCGCUCUUCGUGUCCAUCGAGAUCGUGAAGAUCUGCCAGGUGUACUUAAUCCACCAGGACCUGGAUCUUUACGACGAGGAGACCGACUCCCACCUGCAGUGCAGGGCUCUCAACAUCACGGAGGACCUGGGACAGAUGCAGUACAUCUUUUCCGACAAGACGGGCACGCUGACGGAAAACAAGAUGGUGUUCCGACGCUGCAACGUGGCGGGUGUGGAGUACUCGCACGAUGCCAACGCUCGGAGACUGGCUAUGUACCAGGAGCUGGACUCGGAGGAGGACGAGUGCACGUCCCACGGCGGCACUCUGCCCCGGCGAGACAGCGCUGCGAGCCACCACAGCGUCCGGGUGGUGCUGCGCUCCCAGAGCACCAAGUCCCACCGCAGGACGGGCAGCAGGGCGGAGGCCAAGCGGGCCAGCAUCCUGUCCAAACACACGGCCUUCAGCAGCCCCAUGGAGAAGGACGUCACGCCCGACCCCCAGCUGCUGGACAAAGUCAACGAAUGUGGCGGUCAGGUGGACCUCAUGCGCUUCCACAGCCAGCCCGUGUCCCAGCUGCCCUCGGACCUCUCGGACAUCCUAGAUUUCUUCAUGGCGCUCACCAUCUGCAACACGGUGGUGGUGUCCUCGCCCGACCAGCCCCGCCACAAGGUCCGUGUGAGGUUCGAGCUCAAGUCCCCCGUCAAGACCAUCGAAGACUUCAUCAAACGCUUCACGCCGAGCCGUCUGACCUCGGGCUCCAACAGCAGCAGCUCUUCAAGCCUCAACCGCUCAUCCAACAAAGGUUGUUCCAGCGCGCUUUCCUCCCCCUCGGCCGAGAGCACCCUCACCAAGCUGGAGGAGAGGAUGUCGGCGGCGGCGGCGGUGGUUCACGGGGGCCUGCAGAGCGCCUUGAGUGCAUACUGCCCUCUUAUAACGAGAAGCCCCCCGAGCACGGACCUUCGUUACGAGGCCGAGUCCCCGGACGAGGCGGCGCUGGUUUACGCCGCCAGGGCCUACAAGUGCUCCCUGGUCGGACGCCUCCCGGACCAGGUCACCGUAGACCUGCCCCACCUGGGGAAGCUGAACUUUGAGCUGCUGCACACUUUGGGCUUCGACUCCACCAGGAAGCGAAUGUCCGUGGUGGUCAAACACCCUCUGACGGACCAGAUCACCGUCUACACCAAAGGAGCUGACUCCGUCAUCAUGGACCUCAUCAAGACUCCCAACACAGGCGACUCCAAAGGAAAGCGUCAGAAGAAGAUCAUUUACAGGACCCAGAACUACCUGAACCUGUACGCCGCAGACGGCCUCCGCACGCUCUGCAUUGCUAAAAAGGUCCUCACUAAGGAGGAGUACUCCUGCUGGCUGCAGCGCCACCUAGAGGCGGAGACGGCCAUCCAGGGACGGGAGGAGCUGCUGUUUGAGUCGGCGGCGCGCCUGGAGACCAACCUCCAGCUCCUGGGUGCCACGGGUAUCGAGGAUCGUCUGCAGGACGGCGUUCCCGAAACCAUCGCCGCUCUGCGGAAGGCCGGCCUGCAGAUCUGGGUGCUGACGGGCGACAAGCAGGAAACGGCGGUCAACAUCGCGUACGCCUGCAAGCUGCUGGACCCCGAGGAGGAGAUCUUGACUCUGAAUGCUGAUUCUAUGGAGGCGUGUUCCUCGCUGCUGGAGGAGAGUUUACACUACAUCCAGGACAAGUUCCUGGCCGCCAACUCCCCCGCCUUCGAGAUCCGCCCUUCGCCGCCCUCCGCGUCCCACGCCGCGCACCGCCUGGGCCUGGUGAUCGACGGCCGCACCUUGGCCUACGCCCUGGACAAGAGCCUGGAAGACAAGUUCCUGGAGGUGGCGCGGAGCUGCCGCUCGGUGCUCUGCUGCCGCUCCACGCCGCUGCAGAAGAGCAUGGUGGUGAAGCUGGUGCGCAACAAGCUGAAGGUCAUGACGCUGGCCAUAGGUGACGGAGCCAACGACGUCAGCAUGAUCCAGGUGGCAGACGUGGGCGUGGGCAUUUCCGGGCAGGAAGGAAUGCAGGCGGUCAUGGCGAGCGACUUUGCUCUCCCACGUUUCCGGUACCUGCAGAAGCUGUUGCUGGUGCAUGGACACUGGUGCUACUCCCGUCUGGCCAACAUGAUCCUCUACUUCUUCUACAAGAACGCCAUGUUUGUGGCGCUCAUCUUCUGGUAUCAGUUCUACUGCGGCUUCUCGGGCUCGGCCAUGAUCGACCAGUGGUAUCUCAUCUUCUUCAACCUGAUGUUCUCCGCCUUCCCGCAACUCAUCACCGGCACUCUGGACAAAGAUGUGUCGGCAGAGACGCUGCAGCUCCUACCUCAGCUUUAUGUCAGCGGACAGAACUCAGAGGAGUACAAGCCGUACAUGUUCUGGAUGAACAUGAUUGACGCCUGCUACCAAAGUCUGGUCUGCUUCUUCAUCCCUUACUUUGCCUACGCCGACUCCGACGUGGAUCUGUUCACGUGGGGGACCCCCAUCACUACGCUGGCCGUCUUCACCAUUCUGCUGCACCUUGGCAUCGAGACCAAAACCUGGACCUGGAUGAACUGGCUGUCCAUCUGCCUCAGCGUGGCCCUCUUCUUCACGGUGGCCCUCUGCUACAACGCCUCCUGCCCCACCUGCUACUCCCCCUCCAACCCUUACUGGUCCAUGCAGACGCUGCUCCAGGACCCUCUUUUCUACCUGCUCUGCCUCAUCACACCUGUAGCCGCCCUGCUACCCAGAUUCUUCUACCGGGCGUGUCAAGGCACGCUGUUCCCCAGCCCGCUCCACGUCGGACGCCAGCUGGACAAACUCCCCGCCGAGACACGCAGGAACCUCCUGAGCCUGGGCGGGGUCGCGGCGGGGCCACAAGCGGGCCCCGAGCCCCCCGCUGCCUGGCGGGCGAUGCCCACGUCUCCCAAUAGUCCGUCGUCUCUGCACACGCCACUUCCUGGAAACACGGACGCUCUACUUAACGCCGCAGGGAAGUCUCCGCCCCCUCCCGCCAAAGACCCCCGGCUCCUCCACGAGACGCCGGAGCGGCCCGACGCCAGCCUGUCCGUGCGGAUCACCCCGGCGGACGGCGGCCCGCGCCGCGUCAAGUACACCAGGACUUCUGAGGGAAGUCUGGAACGCGACACAGCGUGAAUAUUUGCACCAGCAGUUUUUUAUUGUCUUUUUCAAUUCGGUACUUUAUUUCACAAAGAUGCUUUUAUUUUGGCAACCGGAUGAUGUUUAUAUUCAAGGCAAAAGCCUGCCCGACGUGUUUUAUUUGUUCGUUUGACAUCUCAGUGCUGGUCUCAGAGUUCUCCUUCUGCUGCUGGAUUUGACCUUUUUUUUAUCUCUUUUUUUUUAUUGCGUGUUUUUAAAAAAAUAGCACAAUCAGCACAAAGUCACAUGAUCUCAGUACAAAGAGACACACUGAAAAGCGAAAAUGUUUAAUGGACUAAAACCAAAAAUGACAUGAAAGGUUGUGCAGGGUUAGAAAAAUAACUAUUCAACAGUUAAAAAUGUCAAAAAUGAUCACGCAAACUCAUAUUUUUUUGUUUAUUCCUCAUCAUAAUUCACUUAUGCCAUAUCUUUUUUUGUUUUUGAGUGUGGCUCUAAUACUUAGGAGAGUAAGAUGUCUUUUUAUGCAAGCAAACAGAAAAAUGGAUUUGCAACCAAAACA